AUGUCAGACCGACCUCAGCUAAACUACACUAUCGACCCCUCGACUAAUCCCGCCACAUGGCCCGGACCUAUCCCAACAUCUAGCUACAUUGACAUCUGUAAGGUGGAUGUCAUCUACGUCAACAUCAAUGCCGCCUCGGACUUCACCCUUCUUCGCACCGGGACCAAUGAACUCAUUCAGCAUGCAGUGAUACAGGUGACCAAGCACCUUGCGCGGGGUCUUUACCGCAUCAUCAGCAUGAACGUCAGCGAGUAUUCGUGUGUGGUUGUCAUGUCAACGGAGAAGCCGAGAAGUGAGCUCAUGUGGAAGAACGGCUUUCCGUGGGAUAAUGAAACGGAUCCGCAACCGGAGGUCGUGUUGAAGUAG